ACGCUCACGAGGCAACACCGCAACGCACCCUCCUUAGACCGCUGCUCACACCCGCCAGGCACCCUUUGCUUCUCUUCCUUUUCUCGGCCCUUGAUUCAAGCCUUUUCCAACCAGCCAACGGCCCGUCCACCACGCACUAGCCAGCCCUUAUCGAACCCCGCCGUCCACCCGCGCACCCACCGCUGCACACGUCCCAAGGGCACUGCUCUGCACCCCCGCACCUGCGCACCGCCCUGCUCAUACCGCGCGCACACAAACAUGUCCGGCUGGGGCUUGGGCUGGUUCGGCGGCGGCGGGCAGAAGAAGGAGGCGCCCAAGAAGGCCAUCCUGCAGCUGCGCGGCCAGCUCGAGAUGCUCAACAAGCGCGAGAAGCACCUGCAGAACCAGAUGGACGAGCAGGAUACCUUGGCGAGAAAACACGUGAAUACGAACAAGACUGCCGCGAAAGCCGCCCUCAGACGAAAGAAGCAGUUCGAACACUCCCUCGAGCAGACCCAGUCCCAGAUCAUGACGCUCGAGCGCGAAGUCUACUCCAUCGAGACCGCAAACAUCAACAAGGAGACGCUCGACGCCAUGAAGAACGCUGGCGCGGCGAUGAAGCACAUUCACGCCGGUCUCACCAUCGACAAGGUCGACAACGUAAUGGAAGACCUCCGCGAACAACACGCCAUCGGCGACGAAAUCUCCGAAGCCAUCACCAGCGGCGUCGCCACCUCCGCCAUCGACGAAGACGACCUCGACGAGGAGCUCGCUGAGCUCCAGCAGGAGCAGCUCGACGAGCAGAUGCUCAACACGGGCCCUGUCCCCGUCGGCGACAAGGUCGGCCGCCUGCCGCAAGCGCCUAAUGCAGAGAUCAAGGGCAAGGCGCCCACGCGCGUCGAGGAGGACGACGAGGAAGAGGAGCUGAGGAAGCUGCAGGCAGAAAUGGCUAUGUGAGGGCACAGUUCGAAUACAUGAAGGGACAGCGACAGAAAGGGCGGUGAGCGAUCUGGCAUGGCAUGGGACGGAUGGGGGCGUUUGGCGAGACACCGUUUCAUUUCACUUUUUCUGCGCGGCUUCCACAUCAGUCGUGAAUUUAGACCCUUCUGCCCGAGUAGCGAAUAGGGAGGCGGAUAUACCUUGUCAUCAAUUUUGAACUUUCUGAUUG